AGGCGUCUAUUGGAUGAGGACGACGAGCUCUCGGAAGUACAACCCGAUGCCGUGCCAAAUGAGGUCAGGGAGUGGUUGGCCUCCACUUUCACUCGCAGUAAUAACUCACAAAAAAGACGUCCUGAAGACAAACCAAAGUUCAGAUCAGUUGCUCACGCCAUUAGGGCUGGCAUUAUGGUCGACAGAAUAUAUAGACGUCUGGCCGGUGCCACAGCACUACAUAUCCCGCCCGACGCCGCUCUGCUCUUAAAGGGAGUGGACGAGUGGUGUUUCGAUGUGUUCGCACUGAACGACACCUGUAAGGGACAAGUGCUCCGAUGUCUGAGCGCUGAUCUGCUUAAUAGAUACGGAUUAAUACAUAAAUUCAAAAUUCCUUCAUCCAAUUUAGAGAAUUUUUUGUUGCAAAUGGAGCAGGGUUAUACCAAAUACUCAAAUCCAUAUCAUAAUAAUCUACACGCAGCCGAUGUCACUCAAACCGUCCACUACACGCUUUGGGCCACUGGACUCGCUCAAUGGCUCUCAGAUCUGGAAAUAUUUGCAACACUGAUCGCAGCUAUAAUACACGACUACCAGCACACGGGCACUACCAAUAAUUUUCAUGUAAUGUCCGGUUCCGAUAUAACCCUAGUAUAUAAUGAUCGGUCAGUGCUGGAGAACUAUCACAUCAGCGCCGCCUUCAAAGUGAUGCGAGAGAGCGACUCCAAUAUUCUCAUCAAUUUGAGUAAAGAGGAGUACAGGGAAUUUCGGACUUUAGUUAUUGAUAUGGUUUUAGCGACUGAUAUGUCCUCGCAUUUCCAGCAAAUAAAAACAUUAAAAACACUUUUAGGACACACGGAGUUCAAUAUCGAUAAAUCCAAAGGGCUGUCAUAUCUACUGCACAGCUCCGACAUUAGCCAUCCCAGCAAAAGCUUUAACCUUCACUACAAAUGGACCAAACUUUUGAUGGAAGAGUUCUUUAGACAGGGAGAUAUGGAGAAAGAGCUCGGACUGCCUUAUUCACCCUUAUGUGACCGCAACACUACUUUAAUACCACAGUCGCAAAUAGGUAGGCGCUAUUAUAGAGUCUAUUUCGCCAACUAUUCACCAUUAAUACCGCUUUAUUCGUUUUAUAGACUUCAUAGUCGGGCCGACAAUGGAAUUGUGUGGAGAUCUCGUCGAUCGAGUUUUAUAGACUUCAUAGUCGGGCCGACAAUGGAAUUGUGUGGAGAUCUCGUCGAUCGAGUCAUUAAACACAUAAACGGAUCCCAAGAAGUAACCGAUAAAAAGGAUUCCGAUAUUCAUUUAGAGCUUAAAACGAGAAUUAAAUCUUCUUCGGCAUCCAUGCGAAGCACUCAACGAAAUAACCUGUCAUUAGAUUCCGGAACCGAUUCAACAAAUUUAAGAUCGUCGUCGUCGGCUCCAUUAGCGUCUCGAAGUCCGGUGACUGUAAUUAAAUGUAGUAAAAUGCAUAGACCUUGGCUUCAAUGCCUCGAAGACAACAAAAAUAAUUGGCAGGAAAGAGCAGCUGAAGAUUCAAUUAAAAGCGAACAAAAACACAGAGGAAGUGGAGAUUCAACGCCAGAAUCAGAGUUAUAGUGAUAUUAAAGUUAUUGAGAGUUUGAAAGCAAACUUCGAGCAAAUAAUAAGACAAAAGUACAUUCACUGAC